AUGGCGACCAAAAACACCACAACCCCAAAGCCAACCUCGCCAUCCCAACCGCCAUGGGCAUCCCAUCUCGCCAUCUUCCUCGGCCUCUUAAUCUUCCGCAUCGUCAACGCCCACUUCGUACAGACCUUCUUCCAACCAGAUGAAUACUUCCAAGCCCUCGAGCCGGCGUGGCAAAUGGCUUUUGGGCCGGAGAGUGGCGCUUGGAUCACUUGGGAAUGGCGAGAGCGUCUGAGGACGUCGGUGCAUCCGAUGUUGUUUGCGGCGGCGUACAGGGCCGCGGACCACAUUUGCCGAUUUCUCCAAGUCAGUCCAUACGUUCGAGCGAACGCCUUGGGAGCUGCACCACGGAUCUUGCAGGCCUUCUUCGCCGCUUCGAUGGACUACAUGACCUGGCAAGUGGGCGCCAAAGUAUAUGGACGAGGCCAUGCGGCGUCUUACGCCACACUCUUCUUGACAAUCACAAGCCCCUGGCAAUGGUUCUGCUCCGUCCGGACGUUCUCGAACUCACUAGAGGCGACAUUGACAGCUGCCUCGCUAUACUACUUUCCCUGGACAUGGUUUUUGCAACCGGAUAAGGAGGAUAAGAAGCCGUUGUCACUUGCUGGACUUGCGACUUUCACGUUCGACAACAUUGAUUUGCAUACGAUCAGGUACAUGGUGUCCGUUGUGCCUGCUGGACUGUAUCCUGCGCUGGCGGCCGCUGCUAUGGCGUUUUACAUCCGGCCGACGAAUGUUAUAAUCUGGGUUGCGAUCAGUGCUGGAUUGGUGGGAUGUAAUCGAAACUAUCGCAAAGCUGGAAUGCUGGUUUCUGCAGCUGCAAUUGUGGGUGUUUCUGUCGUUGUAGUGUUUGCUUGCGCGGAUUACUUCUACUAUGGCGACUGGACUUUUCCGCCUUUCAGAUUCUUGUACUUGAACCUGAUCCAGUCGCUGGCUGUGUUCUACGGCAGAAACAGGAUCGACUACUACUUCACCGAGGGACUACCGUUGCUACUCACUACAGCACUACCGUUCGCUGGCUUGGGCGUUUGGCAGAGCUUGCGAUCGGAAUAUAUCGCCACCACUAAAGAGUACGUGGAGCGGCAGACGAGAUUUGUUUUCGCACUCGCUGCGACAGUCACAGUCCUGACAUUCUCAGCAAUUGCACACAAGGAGAUGCGCUUCGUCUACCCUUUGCUACCGAUGCUGCUCGUUCUCGCAGCAGGACCUCUCGCUGCGUUCUUACAUCCUUUCCCGAUUCCGAGGUCGAAGCUCCGACAAUUGGUCUUGACGCUCAUGCUCACGUCCAACAUAUACAUCGCAGGCUAUGUCAGUACAACACAUCAGCGGGGUGUCAUCGAUGUCAUGCACUUCUUGCGACACAGGCAAGAGCCGUGGCUUGAUGCUGCAGCGGAGGACGGUCUGGCUCCGGUCAUGAGUCCCAACGUCAUUGUCGGCUUCCUGAUGCCAUGUCAUAGCACACCUUGGCGAAGCCACUUUUUCUACCCUGAGAUCGAGGCAUGGGCACUCACUUGCGAACCGCCAAUCAAUAUGAAUGCAGAAGAGCGAGAGUCGUAUCUGGACGAAGCGGAUGUGUUCUACGACGACCCCACACUCUGGCUCGAGUCGAAUAUGGUGGAUAUGAGAUGGGUCUCCGCGGAUCAAGACGCAGAUGAACAGCGGCUUGAAGGUUCUGGACUGCGUGAAUGGCCGCAGUAUUUGGUGUUCUUCGAGCAGCUGGAGCCGUCGCUGAAAGCUAUACUGGCCAACACUAGAUACAAGGAGUGUCGCAGAUUCUUCAACACGCACUGGAUCGAUGACUGGAGGAGGAAAGGAGACGUGGUGGUGUGGUGUCAGCGGAGAUGA